AUCCAAUAGGUGAGGGCGGCGUCUCUCGGGCGCGGAUUCAAACGGUGGGCGCGGUGCGCGCGGCUGUCUGUUUCCGUGGAGACGGCGAGGCCCGGCCGCGUCCAUGGAGCCGCAGCUCGUCGGCCCCGGGCCCUACCGCGCCACCCGCCUGUGGAAUGAGAUAAUAGAACAUUUUCGUGCUGGGAUGCCUUUACGGAAACAUCGGUGUCGCUUCAAAAGCUACGAGCAUUGCUUCAAAGCCUCGGAGGCAGUGGACUGUUUACAUGAACUGCUUGGCUCUAAUCAGAAUUUUGGCCCAGAAGUGACUCGCAAUCAAACGGUUAAACUGCUUAAAAAAUUCCUGAAAAAUCACGUUAUUGAGGAUAUUAAAGGAAGAUGGGGCAAAGAGGACUUUCAAGAUGAUGGCCAUUUAUAUAGAUUUCCUCCUUCCUCACCACUGAAGUCAUAUCCAAAGAAACCUUCAUGUGGAAAUCAAGUAAUUAAAUUUCCAGACUGGAAUGAAGCAAAGGCUGGUGUUUCUCAAGACCACAUCCUAGUGAAAACAGUUGCAAUGAAUUCUGAGAUGUGGUAUAAGAGACAUAGUAUAGCUAUAGGGGAAGUACCAGCCUGCAAGCUUGUGUUCCGCAGAGAGCUAACACAAGCAAAUAUAGAGGAGAUAUGGAAAUCUCAGACUUUGUCACAAUUACAAAAGGUCUUGGGUUUGGAUUCCCUGAAUGAAGUGUUAGACAUAAAAAUUGUGAAUUCAAAGCAUAUACUCCAAAAUGUGUACAAUGUCAAUAAGCAAGGCAUUGUCAUUUUAGAAGACAAAUCAAAAGAACUACCUCACUGGAUAUUAUCAGCAAUGAAAUGUCUAGCAAAUUGGCCCAGCUGCUCAGACUUGAAGCAGCCUACAUACUCAGGCUUUGAAAGAGAUGUCUUCAAAACUAUAGUGGACUACUUUGGCCAGAUGAAAGAACCUCUUCUCACAUUUAAUUUUUUUGAUGUUUUUGUUAGUGUGUUAGGUCUGCUGCAAAAACACAGCAAGGCCAUAGAAGCUCUUCAGAUAUCUUGUCUGUUGCUGCCACCAGAAAAUCGGAAAAGACUACAGCUGUUGGUGAGGAUGAUGGCUAGAAUCAGCUUAAACAAGGAUUUAUCACCUCUUUCUGAAUCAGUGAGGACCAGAACCUUGAUGGUUCAGGCAUUUUCUCAUUGUAUCCUCUGCUCAAAGGAUGAAAUGGACUUGGAUGAACUGCUUGCUGCUAAACUAGUAUCUUUUCUCAUGGACAAUUAUCAAGAGAUCUUAAGUGUUCCCACCACCUUAAAAUCUUCUAUAGAGGAGCAUGUUCUAAAUCUCCAGAGAGUCCAAAUAAAAUAUGCUGGAGCUGAUACUGAUGCAACAUUUCCUCAAUCAUUUUGCCACCAAAUCAGUACAGAUGAAUUUGAAUAUCAAAGAGCAACUGGCUCUCAAGAACCACUGGCAGCUUUAUUGGAAGAAAUUGCAAUGAAUAAAGAAAUAUCUGUGAAAGAUAAGAAGAAGAAGCUUAAGCAAUUUCAGAAAUCUUACCCUGAAGUGUAUAGAGUACGAUUUCCCACGCCUGAAACUGAAGCGGUGCUAUUUCCAGAAAAAACGAAACAGAAGCCACCAAUACUGAGGUGGGCCUUAAAAAAGCCCUUUCAACCAUUUCACCGAACCAGAAGUUUUCGGAUGUAAAAGGUUUGAAACAGAUCAAUAGAUUGAGUCAGAACGUAUUAUCAAUGGAUCUUAUGCCAAAGGAGCCUGAGAACCAUGUAGUUACUGAAAAAAAACAUUGGGGAUACUUUUGAGAUGGUAGAAAUGGUCGAAAGAAGAGGAAAGUAUUGAGGUGGUAGAAAUGUGAACCUUUGCAGUACUUUUGUAAAUAAUUUUUUUAAAAUGUCAGUUAUUUAAAAAAACAAAAAUUCAAGGGGAUUAAUCUACGGUCAUGAUAAGGUCUAAAUGUACUUGUGUAAUGUGUUGUUGGCAACUAAUAAACAGCCUCCUUUGUUUUGUUUCCCCUGAAAAUUAGUUUCUUGCACAGACUAGCCUCUGUUCACAUGUAACUUGAGGAAUUAAUUUGCUUGAGUAAGUAUGAAACACUGGAUUUUGUUUUGUUGUACACCUUAGCGUUCUUUACAGUUUUUCAAAAUAAAAAUCUUACAUAAAAACUCAUUCCUAAUUUUUGAUUCAUAUGCUUCAUUACAGCUUGAGCCAAUCACUAUUAAAAUUCCAUUCACUUCUGAAGUGCUGACCUACCCUUUUAAAACCCUGUCUUUACCCAUGUGCUUCUAAUAAAUAUUGUCAUAUGAAAUUGGAUGCUUGACAAUACAACAGAUUUUAUUGGAAAAAUCUGAAGCCUUGGAUUUUUUUUCUGGAAAUGGAGUUUAAAUAUUGAAUUGAGUUUGAAGCACAUGUGCCUUUAUUAAUUUUGUUUUGCAUUAUGAAAUCCACUGUACCUAUAAUUUGACUGUGCAUCUCAUGUGAUUGCCAGCACUUUUGAACUCUUAAAGCAUUAUCAUUUUCC